AUGCCAGUCACUACAUUUGAGCUCAAGGAGAAGUACAGAUACCAGAACGGCUUCGCUUCAUAUCAAGAAACCGAAGCUGUACCUGGUGCCUUGCCAAUUGGCCAAAACUCACCUCAAAAGCCACCACAUGGCCUCUACGCCGAGAAGCUGUCUGGAACAGCAUUCACGGCGCCAAGACAUGAGAAUCAGCAGUCCUGGCUCUACCGCAUCGUUCCAUCAUGUGCUCACCCCAAUUUUGAAGAGAGCACCAGCGGCCCAUUUACAGCCGACAAACCUUAUAGCCACAAGAAGUUGAAAUAUGUUCCCAACCAGCUUCGGUGGGACCCGUUUGCUCAGGAUGAGCAGACUGAUUUUGUGACGGGUAUGAAGUUGGUCGCCGGUGCUGGCGAUCCCACGCUCAAGCAUGGUAUUGGCUACUACAUCUUUGCGGCUGGAAAGUCCAUGGAUGAGAAGGAUGCCUUCUACUCUGCUGACGGCGACUUGCUGAUUGUAGCCCAACACGGCGCUCUGGACAUCCGGACAGAGCUGGGAUGGCUGCUGGUCCGACCCAUGGAGAUUGCUGUUAUUCCCCGCGGCAUCAAAUACCAGGUCCAUCUACCUUCAGGACCCGUCCGUGGCUACGCUCUGGAAUUGUAUUCCGGACACUUCACACUGCCCGAGCUGGGCCCAAUCGGCUCAAACUGCUUGGCGAAUGCUCGCGAUUUCCAAGUGCCUGUAGCCUCGUUCAGUGAGGACUUUGGCGCCACCGCGGCCGAGGGCACCAAUACCUACAACAUCAUCUCUAAAUUUAACAACGCACUAUUCACGACACAGCAGAGCCAUACUCCAUUCGAUGUCGUGGCAUGGCAUGGAAACUACUAUCCUUACAAAUACGACCUCGGCAGAUUCAACACCAUUGGCUCCAUCUCCUUUGACCACCCGGAUCCGUCCAUCUUCACGGUGCUCACAGCCCAGUCCGAUCACGUGGGCACUGCCAUUGCAGACUUUGUCAUUUUCCCUCCCCGAUGGCUCGUGGCCGAAAAUACUUUCCGCCCUCCAUGGUACCACCGCAACACCAUGUCCGAAUUCAUGGGCCUGAUCGGUGGUGUCUACGACGCCAAGAAGGGCGGUCAGGGCGGAUUCAUGCCCGGCGGAGCAAGUCUACACAACGUCAUGAGCGGCCAUGGUCCGGAUGCUGCCAGUUAUGAGGGUGCCAGCAACGCAGACCUCCAGCCGCAACUAGUCGGUAAGGACAGCUGCGCCUUCAUGUUUGAGAGUUGCUUGAUGGUGGGCGUUACGGAAUGGGGAUUAGAAACAUGCAACAAGGUGCAGACAGCGUACAAUGACCACAGUUGGGGAGGUCUCAAGAUUCACUGGAAGAAACCUGACGGUGCCAGCACGGAAACUCAUCUCCUUAAGUAG